UUACAAUCUCUCUCCACAUUCCUAAAUUCAUCGCAAAAUUUAAGCUGUUGAAGCUUUUUCGCGUUUCAGGUUUUCGAGUUCUUGAAGUUUUUAGUUUGCAUUGUCGUCCCAGAGAAGGGGGAAGGAGAGAUGUUUAAGGAAAGGAUCAUUGAGAAGAACCCUCUGCAUUUGAAGUGCUUGAAUCACAUAUCGAUGCAGUGCCGAUCGGUGGAAGAGUCCAUCGACUUCUAUUGUAACGUCCUCGGUUUUGCUCCCAUCCAAAGGCCCGGUUGCUUCGACUUCGACGGCGCUUGGCUAUUCAAUUACGGAAUCGGCAUUCAUCUGAUCAAAUCUGAGGACCCAGAUGGAAUGCCGAAAGUCGAACAAAUCAAUCCCAAAGACAGGCACAUCUCUUUCCAGUGCGAAAGCAUGGAAACGGUGGAGAAGAAGCUGAGGGAGAUGAAGAUAGGGUACGUGAACGGCCGAGUGGUGGAAGGCGGCGUCGCCGUCGAUCAACUCUUCUUCCACGACCCCAACGGUUCUAUGAUCGAGGUCUGUAACUGCGAGAACAUCCCGGUGGUCGUGCUCGACAAUGGCGGAGACGCCAUUCGAGGGUCCUCGAUAGCGAACAGCAAUAACGGGGUGGAGCGAGACCGACAGUACAAGUUUGUCAAGCAGCGUCAGCCGCAGAUACAUCGAACCGUGUGCGACACCAUAUGAAAUGAAUUGGGCUAACGAUUUUCAUGCAUGACAGUGAAGAAGAAGAAGAAGAAGAAGCAAGAUGGAGAGAUUCAGAAUUUGUUGUUUUGUCGAGCAUUCGUUCAAUCAUUUUUGUAUGUGUAUGCUUUUGGUUUUUGAACUUUUGUUGCUUUCGGACUCGAGUUCGAUGUGCAUCCAAAUUUCAUU